CGUCGCCAUGCGCAAUCGACUGUGCGAUUCUCUCCCACUCGAUCUGGCGCUAAGCCAUCUUUCUCGCUAUACUGAGCUCGAAUACCUAUAGUGUAUACUCCGUAGUGUACACAGUGUUGUUUACUACAGUAAACAUAACCUGUUGUACUUGAAAACAAAUUAUCUUUCUCAUAAUAAAAUGUCUGACCGUGAUAAUUUAGAGAGUGAAAGUGAUCAGCCUCCUGCAAAUAAAGCAAAAUCACACUAUGACACACCAUCAAGUCAUCAAACCCAACAAUCAUCACAGGGGUCACAAAAUAUUAUUAUUGAAACUGUACAUCACCAAGAUCAGUUAAACACAAGACAUACUAUUAAUGUUAUAAUAAAUAAUAAUAAAAAAGAACGUCAAAAACGAUACAGGGAGCAGAACAGAGACAAAUUAAAGCAGCGUGAAGCGGAAAGAAGAAAACGCAUACAAUAUUCACAAAGUAUUGCCGGACCAUCUACCUCUUCAAAGACGAAUAGAAUAGAACUGAAUAAUGAAGAAAUAAUUACUUCUCAAAGUUCAUCUGGUUCGGAAAAAAUACAACCAUCAUUAAUUCAAAGAAAUGAUCAAGGUAAUGAACUAAAUCUCUCAAAAAAAAGAGAACGUCAACAAAGAUACAGGGAGCAGAACAGAGAUAAAUUGAAACAACGUGAAGCGGAAAGAAGGAGGCGUCUACAAAAUGAAUUUGGACAUGCUUGCUCAAUCUGCGAUCGACUUUGGUUUGAAAAAGAUUUAAAGAAACCAUCUGCAUCUGGAAAUAUUAUUAACACAAUAACUAACGGGCAAAAUGUGGAUGCACUCAAAAUUUGCUCUACUUGUAAAUCAGCAUUAGAUAAAAAUAGCAUGCCUAAUUUUUCUGUUUAUAAUGGAUUUCACUAUCCAAAAAUACCACAACAUUUACCAAAAAUAGAUUUCAUCACUGAAAGGCUUAUUUCUCCUCGAAUUCCUUUUAUGCAAAUAAGAAGAUUAAGGCACGUUCAAGGACAAUUCGGCAUAUACGGACAAAUUAUCAAUGUUCCUGUUUCUGUUGAUACAAUGGUACGAUUACUUCCAAGAGAUGUCAAUGAUGAACAUUGCAUUUAUGUACAUAUUAAAAAAAAAUGAUUCAUAAAAGUAGUUUUGUUCAUGGCCUACUUAGCAUCAGAUCAAUUAGACAAUGG